AGUCUCUGCCAUUGAUUUUUUUGUGCCACAUAUUGUGUCAGUGUUUUGCUCAAGAAGUUUAGUGUCACUCAAUUGGAUCCAACGCCAUAACACCAUGAGAGAGAUCGUCCACAUACAGGCCGGACAGUGCGGCAAUCAGAUCGGCGCGAAGUUUUGGGAAGUGAUCAGCGAUGAGCACGGCAUCGACCCGACCGGUCGCUAUCAAGGCGACAGUGACCUCCAGUUGGAGCGCAUCAAUGUCUACUACAACGAGACUUCGGUGAACACAUACGUGCCACGAGCCGUACUCCUGGACCUGGAGCCGGGCACUAUGGACGCG